GAGCCGAAAACCUUAGCUUUGACUUCGUCUUCGACUUUAGCUUUAGCUUUGACUUUGGCUUUAGCAUUGGCUGCAUUGCCGCAAGGCGUUCCAAUUUUUGUAUUUUAAACGACUGACCACCGACCGGAUAACAAAGAAAGUGAGAUCAAGUCUGCGAGAUCGUGUGGCGAAAGAAAAGAAGCUUCGCGUUCGUAUGUGUGCGUGGUUAAUUCGAAAGAAACUUUUUUGCUUUUGGCCGCGGCGAAACUGACAAAUGUCAAAUACCAAUAGACCGUCGUGGAAUUAAGACGCGCCUGCCGCCAAACGGAUUUCGAUUUCGACACCUGAAAAUGACGCAAAUUGGCCACAGAUUGGCCCCUCUCUUGGAGGCCUUACUUCUGUUCGUUCUCCUCGUCCAUCGAGUGCAGUGCGAUGAGCACAGUGGUCCGAGGGUGGCGCGAAUAAUGCAGUUUUUGAGUGAGCCUCAGCCACAUUUCAGCCACCACAAUCGACCACCACCAGGUGCCGGACUACUGCCCCGAAUAAGAUCACGAUCGGAUAGCCUACCCACGAAAUUCCUGAGAUCGCCGCAACCUGCAACAGUUCAACACAUCAUGCGUCGCGAGCAGUUCGGCAACUUUCCUGCCAACGAUCAGCUCCGGAGGUAUCAAUUCGAUCAGAAUCAGUCCGGAAGAUUUGCCCACGUGAAGGACACUCCUGUGCUGGAUGUGGGAAAGAACCAGUUUCCACCGCAGUAUUUCUCCGAGCAGUAUAUGCAAAACUUCAAGUCCUCGCCCCACUUCAAUGGCAAUGUCAUAAUGAAGGAUCAGAAGCCAGCCUAUGCUCCCAUCCAGCAGCAUGCGAUACCCGUUCAGGCCUCCCAGUAUCUGCACUAUCCCAAGCUCUUUGGCCAGCAGGGUGCUGGUUUCAGUGUGGUUCCCUCGCAACAGACUGCAAGUCAGUACCAAAAGGAUGCCAAUAGCUACUCGGUUUACGAGGACUCUGAGAAUCUGCCCAAGCAGGGGGUCAACUAUCGCCAGGCUGUGCCUCCCGCAAAGGAAUCGAAGGAGGCGCAGGAUUACCUGCAGUUCAUGAGCACCAAUGAGUACUUCCUGCCCAAGCGAGAUCCCGACUACAGGCGAAUGGAUACCGAACGGGAUCAGCAGAAGCAGCUGCAGCAAUAUCCGCAGCAAUAUAAUCAGCAGCAGCAGCAGCAACACAAGCAACCGCAGCAACACCAGCAACUGCAACAUCAACCACAACCGCAGCAACAUCAGUCACUGAAGCAACAUCUUCCCUACAAGAUUGCUGGCCCAGACAACUCGGUCUCCUCCAGUUACAAUGAACCCAUACAAGUCUCGGACUUGUUCUAUCAGCAAGAUCCGGCGCCGGCAAACGCAGCCGUAGUUCGAGGCAGCUACCAGGCUGGCCAGGAUGUCUUUGUGGUGAAGUCCGACGGCAACAAGGCGGUCAAGCACGUGGUGUCCACUCCCAUGUCGGUGCAGGCUUCUACCCAAACCCCGCCAAAGAGCCAGCACCCGGCCAAGAGCCACAAGAGCUACACGCCGGAGCCACUGCGAUUCGAGUUCACCGAGCAGGAUGCCAUCAGGGGAUCCAUGAAGUACACCCAGUCCCCAGCCACGCAGGCCAACCAGUACUACUACGAAACGGUGGCCCAAGCAGUCCGCGAACCUGCCAAGGCUUCCAGUCCAAUCCUCCAGCUCAGCAAGCCCAUCAAGGAGUACAGCGACGAUCCGGAGGACAGUGCCGAUACUGACAGUGGAAAACAGCAAGAGGAUGCGAAGGUGUCAACUGGGACAAGUGCUGCAACUCCUGGUAGUCCAAAGGACACGGAAAGUUACUGUGAGAAAAUCUGCGCCAAUGUUUAUGAUGAGAACGACGAAAUAAUUUGUGGAUCCGAUGGGUACAUGUACACGGGAGAAACUCAACUACAGUGCUAUUCGUCCUGCCUUAAUAUAAGUGUGACGAUCAAAAGUAAAGGAUCAUGCUCAUAAAAUAAAUUCAAAUAUAAAUAAUUAUUUAUUCUAAUUUAAUUAAUUCUAUUGAUUACCAUAUUUGCAGCCCAUUAAGUUAAGUUUAAAAUUAUGCAAGACUUCUGGCACUGGUAAAAUUUAGGGUUUUGUAUAGAGCGAUUUCGAUUUUUAUGAUGUACAAAAAUAUCGUGCACUUAUAGCUCUCCUAUUUAUUUAACAUUUAAAAAUCGAUCUAAUCAAAUCAUUUUUAAACUAUAAGUGCAUGAAUAUUUGAAAUCCAUAUGGUAUGUAUUCUCAAAAAUCAUUCAGAGAUUUAGUUAAUAGUUAAUAAAAUUAUAAAUUGCA